AAAUAAAAUAAUUUCUCUCUCCACCUUUCUUUCCGUAGAGGGAGAAGAGAGAGCUCACAGUUCAUUUGAAUCUAUAGAGAGAGAGAAAAUUGCUCUAGCGAGAGAAAGUGCGCGUUCUGAUUGGCCGUCAAUUUGGUGUUCCCGUUCAUUUUGUGCAGAAAUUGAAGGAUUAAAGCUAGGGCUUUUGGAAAAUGACGAAUCGUUGAGAAUUCGAGCUUUGAUCUUACUUUUUAGAGGUUAAGAAUUGGCGUUUCAAGUUAGUGAUGGAAGUGGAUUCGGCUAUGAGUGGUGAGCCCGAUCACGAUCCAUCGGCCCAGACUAAUACAGCCAACGGUCCUGACCAGCCUGCCGAAUCCCAAUCUCCGUCUGAUCAGCACAGUAUUAAUAAUAGUGAUAAUAGAAAUAGUACUAGUAACAGUGGCGGUGGAGCGGUGGUGGUAGGGCCGCGGUGCGCGCCGACUUACAGCUUGGUGAAUGCGAUAAUUGAGCAGAAGGAGGAUGGGCCGGGGCCGAGGUGUGGCCACACGUUGACUGCUGUCCAGCCAGUUGGGGAGGAGGGUAGUCCUGGAUAUAUUGGGCCGAGAUUGAUUCUGUUUGGUGGAGCCACGGCCCUUGAAGGGAAUUCCGGGGCCUCAGGAACUCCUUACUCUGCUGGAAGUGCUGGAAUUCGGCUUGCUGGGGCUACUGCAGAUGUGCAUUCUUAUGAUGUAUUGACGAAUAAAUGGUCUCGACUUACCCCAAUUGGAGAGUCACCUACACCAAGGGCUGCUCACGUGGCAACUGCUGUGGGUACUAUGGUUGUUAUUCAGGGUGGGAUUGGUCCGGCCGGUUUGUCCGCAGAAGAUCUUCAUGUUCUGGACCUCACACAACAAAGGCCGCGAUGGCAUAGGGUUGCUGUCCAAGGUCCUGGACCAGGGCCACGCUAUGGGCACGUCAUGGCUUUGGUGGGUCAAAGAUAUCUCAUGGCAAUUGGUGGAAAUGAUGGAAAACGUGCUUUAGCUGACGUAUGGGCAUUGGACACUGCUGCCAAGCCAUAUGAAUGGCGAAAACUGGAACCAGAAGGUGAAGGUCCACCUCCAUGCAUGUAUGCAACUGCAAGUGCACGCUCCGAUGGUCUUCUUCUUUUAUGUGGAGGGAGGGAUGCAAGUAGCGUGCCGCUGGCAAGUGCACAUGGGCUUGCCAAACAUAGAGAUGGUCGGUGGGAAUGGGCCAUUGCCCCUGGUGUCUCACCAUCUCCCAGAUAUCAACAUGCAGCGGUUUUUGUUAAUGCACGUCUUCAUGUAUCUGGUGGUGCACUUGGAGGUGGACGCAUGGUAGAAGACUCAUCAAGUGUGGCUGUUCUGGAUACUGCAGCAGGAGUUUGGUGUGAUACAAAGUCUGUUGUUACGAGUGUGAGGAGUGGCAGAUACAGUGCUGAUAGGUAUGAUCACAAGUUUGGAACCUUGAUAAUAUAUUUGUUGGCUUGUUAGGAUGAUGCUAUACACUUGUAGUAUGUUUUUGGUGGCGUUGCCACAGGGGUAUUGCUUGAUGACCUCCUUGUCGCGGAAGACCUUGCUGCUGCUGAAACAACUAAUGCAGCUUCUCAUGCUGCUGCAUCAAAUGUGCAGCAAGGGAGGUUACUGGGUAAAUAUGGUUUUGCAGAUGAUAGAACAAGGUCAUUGGUGCCUGAUACAAGUGUUGAUGGUGCAGUUGUGGUAGGCAGUCCUGUUGCUCCGCCUGUAAAUGGUGAUGUGCAUACAGACAUAAGCACAGAAAAUGCAAUGCUUCAAGGUUCUCGAAGACUGAGCAAAGGUAUUGAUUACUUAGUUGAGGCUGCAGCAGCAGAAGCCGAGGCAAUUACUGCUACGUUAGCUGCUGUUAAAGCUAGGCAAGUCAAUGAGGAAAUUGAGCUGCCCGAUAGAGACCGUGGGGCCGAGGCAACCCCUAGCGGAAAACAGAUAACUACUUUGAUUAAGCCUGAUCCUGCAGUAUCAGACAGUCCUGCUUCAGCUGGAGUUCGGCUUCAUCACCGUGCUGUCGUUGUGGCUGCAGAAACUGGUGGGGCUUUAGGUGGCAUGGUCAGACAGCUUUCAAUCGAUCAGUUUGAAAACGAAGGCAGACGAGUCAGUUACGGUACUCCAGAAAGUACAACAGCUGCUAGGAAACUUUUAGAUCGACAAAUGUCUAUUAACAGUGUACCCAAGAAGGUGAUUGCUCAUCUUCUGAGACCUCGUGGUUGGAAGCCUCCAGUUCGCAGACAGUUUUUCUUGGAUUGCAAUGAGAUAGCAGAUCUUUGUGACAGUGCUGAGAGAAUAUUUGCCAGUGAACCUAGUGUACUACAGCUCAGGGCUCCUAUUAAGAUAUUUGGUGAUUUGCAUGGGCAAUUUGGGGAUCUUAUGCGCCUUUUUGAUGAGUAUGGAUCCCCUUCAACUGCUGGGGAUAUAGCGUACAUUGAUUAUCUAUUCUUGGGGGAUUAUGUUGAUCGUGGCCAGCACAGCUUGGAAACCAUAACUCUUCUACUAGCUAUGAAGGUUGAGCAUCCUCACCAAAUACAUUUAAUUCGUGGUAAUCAUGAAGCUGCAGACAUCAAUGCUCUUUUUGGCUUUCGAAUUGAGUGCAUUGAACGCAUGGGUGAGAGGGAUGGAAUCUGGGCAUGGCAUCGUAUAAACAGAUUGUUCAACUGGCUUCCUCUGGCAGCAUUGAUAGAGAAAAAAAUUCUAUGUAUGCAUGGUGGUAUUGGAAGAUCAAUCAACCAUGUAGAACAAAUUGAGAAUAUUCAGCGUCCAAUUACUAUGGAAGCAGGAUCAAUUGUUCUUAUGGACUUGUUGUGGUCUGAUCCCACAGAAAACGACAGUGUAGAAGGUUUACGACCAAAUGCAAGGGGUCCUGGCUUGGUUACCUUUGGGCCUGACCGUGUAAUGGAAUUCUGUAAUAACAAUGACCUUCAAUUGAUCGUUCGGGCACAUGAAUGUGUGAUGGAUGGAUUUGAAAGAUUUGCUCAGGGACAUCUGAUUACUCUCUUUUCAGCCACAAACUACUGUGGUACUGCAAAUAAUGCUGGUGCUAUCUUGGUUUUGGGUCGAGAUUUAGUGGUUGUGCCAAAACUAAUUCAUCCACUGCCGCCUGCAAUUUCAUCUCCAGAAACAUCUCCUGAACGCCAUAUGGAAGACACUUGGAUGCAGGAGCUUAAUGCUAACAGACCACCUACGCCAACCAGAGGACGUCCUCAAGUUGCUAAUGACCGAGGUUCACUUGCUAUGAUUUAGAUUAUGAUUCCAGAUACAGAUGAUUUGUACAUAGCAAGACUUCAUGUGGAGGAUUCUCCGAUUUGUAUUGCUUAUGGAAAUUGCAAGGCUUUGAACCCGUGCUAUCAUACACAUUCUUGAUCGGCCAUUAAAAGAAUACACUAGUUCGUCCGAGCACCAUUUUGCAUGCAAUGAGUUGCCUACUUCAUUUGUUGUGCUGAAAGCUGUUUGUCAGGGAUGGUGAAAGUUGUACCAUUUACAUGAGCUUCAGAUAAAAGUUGCAGCUUUUCGUCAUUUCUUCCCCGUGCAAGUGGUUGGGUAUUUCUUUUAAUUUCUUUCUUUUCGUUUCUCAGGUUGGUAUAUUAUUUUUAUUUAUGUUUUAAGAGGACUCAAGGUCCGGUCUGUAUAGUUCUUGGUGGAAUAUAUGAUUUUGAAAUCUUCUUGGAUGUGUGUAUAAUAGAGGGUAUCGCUGUGUAAUUUUUGUUUCUACUCUAUUCGAUACAACCUUUCUGUGAAAAGAUGAGAAGUCAUUUUGUGUUAGGAUUAGUAGCUGGUGUCAUUAGUCAUCUCCGGUGCACUAGUGUGUCUUUAUCGUGUACAGAGACACGAAAUUUAGAUAGUAGAGUGGAUUCAACCAUCGUGUUGGUGGCUGCUUGUGUGCAUGAUUAUCUGAUCAA